CUGUGACAUGUUACAGUUUACAUUUCGUUGAAAAUAAUGUGUACUUGUCAUCAAGAGAGCCACUAAAGGAGAAAACAGGCUUUAUUUCUGAUUGCACAUUUUUGUUUCUAAAACCGAAAUUAUUUUUGAUUGGGUAACACACGAAGAAGGUUGUUUCGGAAGUAUAACAAUUUUCCAUUUGAAUGAGCGAAAGAUGGUCAUGGCAGGUUAUGGAAAGAGUAGUGUAUGACAGGUGUGAAGUAGUGAAAUUGUUGAAGAAUGAUUGAAAACGACGUAAGAUAACGUGAAUUCGAAGGUAGGACCUGUCUGGACGAUAUGCGGCAGUGAAACAGGGCAUGAAAUUAUGAGCAAGUUGAAAUCUGUCACCGUCAUGUUUUUUCGCACAUUGGCUCCUCGAAUGUGGUUUUUUAUAGUAGUGUUAUGUUGUGUUAUAUUUACAUUUUACUUUCAAAUGCGCGUAAUGAGACUUGAAGACAGCAAACAUAAGCUUGAACUGGCAGUUGCACGAAUACAGCUGCGUGAAGUGGACAAGCGGAGAAGUUCUGAUCAUUUAUCGAGCAUAAAUACUCAGGAUCUAGUUGUGAUCUACAAUCGAGUGCCAAAGACUGGUUCAACGAGUUUUGUGGGUGUAGCCUAUGACUUAUGUAAACAAAAUGGAUUUCAUGUGCUUCACAUCAACAUCACAGGGAACAUGCAUGCAUUGUCUCUUAAAAACCAGUUUCAGUUUGUAUGGAAUGUGUCCCUCUGGAAUGCAAUGAAGCCAGCACUUUAUCAUGGACAUCUGGCUUUUGUUGAUUUUGCUCGGUUUGGAGUGAGUCAACGCCCACUGUAUAUUAACUUGAUUCGAAAGCCACUGGAUAGACUGGUGUCAUACUACUAUUUUCUUCGUCAUGGAGACAAUUUUAGACCACAUCUAAUUAGAAGAAAACAUGGUGACAAGAUGACAUUCGAUGAAUGUGUGAAGUUACAUCAAGCUGACUGUGAUCCAGAAAAUAUGUGGCUGCAGAUACCAUUCUUUUGUGGCCAUGCUGCUGAGUGCUGGAUUCCUGGAAAUGAGUGGGCACUUGCAGAAGCAAAGAAGAAUCUUAUUGAUCACUACUUUCUGGUAGGCGUUACUGAAGAACUUGACGACUUUAUCAAGUUACUUGAAGUGGCAUUACCCAGUUUCUUUCAUGGAGCAUCAUCACAUUAUGAAACAAGUAAUAGGUCACAUUUACGUCGUACAUCACAGAAAGUAGAUCCUUUGCCAGAAACUGUUGCUGAGAUCCAAAAGUCUCAUAUCUGGAAAAUGGAAAAUGAACUAUAUGAAUAUGCCCUGGAGCAGUUUCAUUAUGCCAAGAAGCGAGCUGUAACAAUCAAGGAUGGAGGCAUGACUGACAAGAAUCAGCAAUUUAUAUGAGCUUCAACUUCAAGAGGUUAAAGGAAAUGGAAGGGGAACAGGUGAUAUAUGGAGGAGAGUAAGCAGUUAGAAAGUCAUGAUUGUUAAGCAACUUAAUUACACCCUUCAGCUGCAGAGGUAAUAUACAUCUGUAUGUGAUGGGUUGAUAAUCAUGAAUUAUGAGUAGGUGAGGAUUUGAAAGGAAGUUGUCAUGACCUGUUAAGAGUCCUAUGAAUGAAGCUCCCUAUAUUUUAUAACAUCCAUAUUAAAAUGUUGCCAGUCACAGUGACCGUGUGGUCUGAGGCGUGGGCAUCGUGUGCUUGGACACUGGGACUGGGUUUUAAUCCCAUUUUAGACAUGGUUGUUUGUCCUCGUCUUUCUGUGUUGUGCUGUCCUGUCCUGUGUACAGGUAGAGGCCAUGCAAUGGGCUGAUCACUCAUACAAGGAGUCCUACCAAAUGUGUAAAUAGAUCAAGAAACCUCCAAAAAGGAGACCCCUAUGCUCCACACUGAAGCAAAAAGGGUAUAAAGAAAGGAGAUCUUAAAAUGUUAUUUGGAAUUGAAUGUGGCCAUACUGUUUUUGUCAUGUUUACUUUUUCCUGAAAACUUACAGUUGAGAGCUUUGUUCUAAUCAUGUCUGUAGGGACAUUGAGCCAUGUUUUGGUAUGAAAAAUUUUAAUUGACAUAUAUAAAUGCAAUUUCUACAAAUAAAUUGUUAUAAAGAUUGCUCAGAAAUGUGUGCUACCUCAAUAGGUUAGAAAUACAUGCCAUAUCUGAAGACUUGUCAUGCUACUGCACUUUAAGCCACUGUGUUUCUUUGUAUAUUUUUGUAAUUUUGUUUUAUAUUUCAUAGUCAUUAUGAGGGUACCUGAUAAAUUAAAAAAAUAUAAAUCAUAAAAUGAGUGAGAUAUGACUGAGAACUUCCUUUGUCAUCAGUGCUGUUAAAAUCCCAGAUGGAGUAAAAUACAUUUUGCUGUCCAUUUCUUCUUGGAAAUGUCUUUGAACAAACAAAGUGGUGUGAAGUCCUUGGAUAACCUUUCUAGAACAAGGACUUCCAUUUAACAAAUUCCUUGGUUCCAUUAUAAUACUCUGAUAUGGACAGUAUCCUGUGUGCUAAGUACUUUCAUAUAAAAGAUUUCUAAACAUUUUUGUCUCCUACAUGGAGGUUUGCUUUAGCUUCUGAGCAGUUAAUACUGUGUAUGCAGUUGUCUGUUAUCAUGUAAUAUAAUUUAUUUUAAUUUUAAUUUAUGUAGAACUUAUCUUCACAUGAUCAUCAUUAGUAUUCUGUUUGAAUUGUACAUAAAAAACCUAAAGUUUUACAACGUUACAGAAGUAUGAAAAUUGAUACUCCAGCUGUACGAGAAGCUACAAAGGAGUGAUCAUUUUUAGCCACAUAUGACAGAUAGACCAAAUUUAUUUUAUUUAUGUCUUCUAGCCCUUAUUUUGUAUUACUCUGUUUUAAACUGAUAGUUUCUUUCACUCCUGAGCUAGCACUGUAUUUUAGGUUGUGAUUUUCACUUAUCCAUUUUUUAUACAUAAUAUUUUAAAUUGAAUUUUUAGGGGGUUUUGUUUGUGUAUACAGUUGUAAUCAUGAUAAUUAAUUGUGUAGUAGUAUAAUAAUUAUACCACAAACCCCAGAAUAAUGUGGCCUCAACUAAAAAAAAAAAAACAACUAAAAUUUUGCAAGGGAACUGUUUGAAGUUGUUUUAUGUGUAUAUAAAGGGCUAGAAUCUUUGGACAUAACUGAUAUGUAGUGGAAAGUGGGUAAACUGUAGGUGCGGUCUUAUUCCUCUAUGUUAAAAGCACUGCAGGUUUAUAAUUAUGCCAUAAAACAUUUUUACUUUUUUUAAGUUGUGGCUCUGUUAUUCUUGGUGUGAUAUUCUGAGCAUAUGUUUUACAAUUUUGGGUUGUUUCUUAUUUGGUUUGAGAUUGUUGAAUGUUACAGUAUUGUGGAUGGCAGUUUAUAAAUAUGAAUUUUAGCAUUAAAUUAUUUUUACUGAUAAGGAAUAAUAACAUUGUGUCAGAGGAAGUUAUGUAUAGCUGUGGGAUUUUCAGUGCUACAAUUCUGAGACUGUCUGCUGUGGUCGAGGAGAAUACUGUUGUCAUGAUAUAGGAUAACUGAAUAACAUGAGUAUUCCAGGGAUUGAUAUUCCAUUUGUAAUGGUCCAUUGUUGUCAAUAAUGACUAUUCUAACUAACAUAUAUGUGGCAACACAUGGAAUAGCUUACCAGAUUGUAAUAUUUAAUGGAUUUUGUACUAAUCAUUCCUGGGCAUCCUGGGUUCAGAAAAAUGCCUCUCAAAUAGGAGCCAAAACAGGUCAGCAUGGACUAAAGACAUGCUGGAAAGUUGUGUGAAGCACAUAUUCAGUUUGCAUAUAUAGGAGGAAUAAUCAUGGCACAGUAUCAGUGUCAUAGAGAGGUAUGGAAAAAUUAUAUUUUUUAAAACCUGUACAUGUAAACUGUAGGAGAAAAACAUAUCCCUGAUUUUAUUUCACACUGCAUGUAUUGUGCAAAACUAACUUAUAAUUUAUUGUGGGUAUAGUACAGAUUUGAUUAUCCAACUAAAACAGGAAUGAGGGAUGAUCAGAUAAUCAGAAAUGUCAGAUAAUAUGGAAGAUUAAUGAAAAAGACAAGGGUAAAUAUCACCCUAAUUUAUGACAUUGUUAAAUUUCGAAGAAAAUAGAAUUUGGCCAAAAAAUCUCAUACAAAAAUAGUACUUAAUAUAAUGUAAAGUUAUAAAUGAAAUAGUUGAUUUUAAGAAAUUGAUAGGUAUUUGCUUCUGAGCCUCUUUCCUUUCCUUUCCUUUGUGUCAAGGUCACACCAGCAUCUGAACGGUAGUACGUCUGAAGCAACUGAGUAUAUAAAAUAUAGAAGGUACAUGGUGGGGGAUAUGUUCAUUAUUUGGCAGUUACAUUGCUAAAACUGGGAAAUAUGGGAACCAUUGCAGAGAUUGCUGUGUGUAGUGGAAUCUCUUCAUUGUAGAUAAGACCAGUGAGUGAUUCUUAUAGUAUAGCUCUUUGCCUUUCAUUGUUAGGAGCAGUUAUAUAAUUGUCUUCUGGGUUGAUGCUACAUCAUGACUCAGGAGGCCACAAUCUAAACUUUUACCAUCAUGAAAUCCUCAUCCUGCAAAGGUGGAAUGGAAAUAAUAUUUUCAGAAACAUGUGAUAUGUCUUGAAUGUUAAAAAAUAUAAUGAGCUUUUCAUGCUUAAUUUUGCUAUACUACCACAGUUCUAUAUAACCUCUGACUAAAAUGGUGUGUUUUAGUUUAACUGUCUAUUAUCUGCUUAUUUAGUUAUGGCACUUGUAAAUUUUUCUGAAUAUUUGUAAUGUUGUGAUACUAAUACUUUUAUUGCAGUGCAUUUAAGAAAAAUACUGUACAAACAUGAAAGUAAAUAAUUUGCAGAGACAGGUAAUAUUUUAUGGAAAAUACAUUUUUGUUUUCAUAUUCAAGGAGGACAUAAUUCUGAUGGAAUUGCUGCCUAAUUUUAUGUUUCAGAAUGUAUUACUUUGUAAAAGUUAUGGGUGUAGAGGGUACAUAACUUUAUAGUAAUUUUAUUAACAUUUGUAUUACAUAAAUAAAAGAGAAAUUUUUCAGAUAA